AUGCAGCUUUCCAGCUUCGUUGCCAUUCCCCUUCUCUUCCUGGCGUCGCAAGUCGUUGCUCAGUAUGGUGCUCCGGCACCGGCCCCCGCCCCCACCAGCAGCAGUCCCGCCGCUGCGGGCGCUAGUCCUUCUGCUCAAGCCGCAGUAACCAACGGCGCUCUUUGCAUGGUUCAGCUGCCUUUCGAAACGACUAUGGUUGCCCUUCUUUUGACGGGCAGCGUCAUUGCUCUUAUGUGA